AUGCGAUGCGCGAGCAAGGUCGCCGAGAGCGCGUCCGCACGUCUCUGUUCGGAAGCCGAAGCAGAAACUACAGCAACUGAUGUCUCAUCGGUUGCUGAAGCGACUCAGCCUGUGUCACUUGGUGAUGCAGGUGCUGGUCAUGAAGACACUCAUGUCUUCACAGAGUAUGAGCUCGGAGUCUCAUUCUCUCCUGAUACGGAAGACGGAUCCGUAUCGACUGCGAUCGAAUCCAAGCCGCCUGCCAAGCGUGGCAUGGAUGAUGCUAUGCGUCGUAGCAUCUUUGGUUCAUCUGACGAAUCAGAUGAACAUCGCCGAAGCGAAGGCGCUCGAGGUCGCGAGACUCGGGCGCUAACAGAAGAGCGGGACCGCAGUGUCUUGCGUCUCGCUCCUGAGAAGAAGGCAUGGAUGCCUCCCAAAUCCUUCAUGGAUCACUUGUCGGCGACGACGAGUGAUCGUUAUCGAACACGGUUGUUCGAUUCGUCAAGAAACCAUCACCUUGACCCCAGCGCAAAAAACUUUCGCGCUGAGAAUGAGUUCUUCAUCGAUGCUUUCUUUAGACAUCGGUGGUACAGUGGGAAUCACAAGCGUGAUGGUCCCUCACUACUUAAAGCGUGGAACGCCUACAUCCAUAACCUCGAGGAUGUAGGUCAUGAAGUUUGGGACGACAAACUUAUCAAAGCUCGUGAUAAAAUUGAAAAGCGAACCCCGACAGGUGCACACUACAAGCUGCAUCGUCUGUCAAGGGAGAAAGGAUUACCCUGCCUCUCUUGGGGAGACUCGUGCCCAUGUUGUGUGAACAACUCUGCACGAGCACCUAAGGAGGCUUACCUCCCUAAUAGCCCGUGGUGGCGCGUACGUAUCUCUAGUGAGAUGCACGAAGGGAUUGACAACCUGAAAUCCCUUUACGACCGUGCCGGGAAGACUUUCUCCGGCGGUCCUUCUGCGGCACAGGAUGUGCCGCGUCGUACUGCUCAGCCAGACCCAGUACGUCAGCCAUCAGUUGGGAGCGGUGAUCCCAAGAAUCCCAGGACGGGGGAUAGCCGCGCCACCGGACGAGAUAGCUCGUCCGUUCACGUCGCGGUGGUUCAAUAG